AUGCAGAUCUUUGUUUCUAAAUACUGUUCACUGCUAAAGAAGCACCAGGGCUCCCCAGCAAUAGGAGAGAAGGCAGUGUCUACGGGCACAGAUGCAGGAUAUGAAACUGUGGGUGCUACAAAUCAGAGGGAUGGUGGAAACAUGUCCUCCUUACAAAAUCCUGGCAUGACAGAAGACACAAAGUACAGCAGUGAACAGUUACUUCUCAGAAACAAUUUCCAAAGUGACCAGCCCCUCGGCUCGGGCUGCUAUCAACGCAACCCUGCCUCUUCCGUCGGUCACGUUGUUUCCUCCGCUUGGAAGGACCUCUUUCCUCUCCGGGCCCUUCCCAGUGGUUGGGGAACUCCUACACAGCCCAAGCGCCUCCGCUUCCAGCCACCCUCGCCUCCCACCACCCCUGCUCUGGGACCGAACCCGGCCUCGAAAUCCAGCAGCAAGCGUCCGUCCUCCUGGCCGCAGCCCCUGCCCCCUCCCCGCUGGCCUCCCCACCCGCCACCUGGCUUCGCAGCGGCCGUUCGGGAAGCCCUCGGCACUUCCCAGAAUAGAGAGCAGCUGCCAACGUCAGGCUGCCGCCCGCCGCGGGGUUCCGGGCGCACGGGGUGCGGGCGGCGGGGACGUGACUACGCUCUGGCCUUCCGUCUCCCCCAACGGGCCGGGAAACUGAGGCCCAGGGCUGGCGGCAACUUCUCCAGGGUGCACAGUCCCGGGCCCCAGGCGUCCCGACCCCCGUCCGCGAUCCCUCGACCACACGCGCCGCCCGGUCGCCCCGGAGAGCCGGGCGAGGAGCGGGUCUCCGAGCGAGCGCUCCGCCCGGGACCGCGCAGGGCGCCAGACGCGGCCAACUCGCCGCGAAAAGUUGUUGUCUCCCAGCCUGCCCUCGCCUCUCACCUCCGAGACACACCUUCCCGCGGGCCCUGGCAGCCGCACUCUCACAUCCGGUCCACCUUGCGCACACCCCUCUCCACGCUCUCUCACGGCCCCUCUCCCUCCCACGCCUGCAGCGGGCGGCCGCUCCCCCGCGCCCCCUCGUGCACUCCCACCCGCGGCCGGGGCGCGCCUUCCCCGCCCGGCCGCACGCCUGGCCUCCGCGCCGCGCCCGCCCGGGCUUCUGGCGCCCGGGAGCCCCAGCCCCGGGCCGCGACCCGCUUCCGCCCGCCCGGCGGGCGGCAGAAGCCAGGACACACGCGGGGUGCGCUGCCGCCGCCCGCCGCUGCUCCUCCUCCCGCCACCGCCUUGAGAGGGAGAGAGAGGGAGGCAGAGAGAGCGCUUUGUCCGCGCGCCGCCGCCCGGCCCGGGACUCUGCCCCGAGGAGGCAGCCGCGCCGAGUCCCCGCCUCCGCCUCUGCCCCCGGGCGGGCCGGGCCGGCCGCGGUGGGGGGAGCCAGGCUGA